AUGCCGACCGUGCCAGAGUCGCCGCCAGAUGCCGCGAACACGGCGAAGCCCUUCGUCGUCCACCUCCGCCUAGUUCUAGCACCAUGGACGGUUCAUUUCAAGACUCCCCACUACAUACAAGACAGGACCAUGGUCAUGCUCGAAGGGAUCGCGAAGAAGACGUUGGAAGAAACCCGGAGGAGCUCAGAAGUCCGGUCAGUCUAUUUAGAAGAAGCCCCCCCAGCCAAGGAUCUAACAUCCUCCAGUGAAGAAAUUGGUACUGAGCCGCCCUUCUGGAAAGACCUUGGAGACCUACUCGAAGCCGCGAUUCCGUCUCUCGAACAACGAUGCUUCGCUGCCCCAGAUCCACAAACACCGGAAUACGAAGGCCUAUCGGGGCCGCUCAUUGCCUCCAACUCGAAUACCUUACUCAAGGACCUGGAAAGACUCAAUAGCAUGGUUUCGAUCGCCCGGAACGUCCUCACCGCUGGAGAUAAAUCGCAAAACCUGGCUGCAAAGUCACAGUUUGGUCAGGAAGUGUUCAAGUUUAUCAGCGUGUGCGUGAAGGUAACAGCUAGAGGAUAUGACGGGGAAGCUGGUUCACAAGACGAGGACAAAUGGCAGUCGGUCAUUAACUCCUUCAAAAAGCUGCUGAUUACCUGCCUUCAAUUCCUCAACAACCUCGUGGCCCGGAACGAGCGCCGAAAGCUGAUGCUAUGGGUAGAGCUAUUCGACAACUCCACAGACAGCGUGCUUCCUUCCAGUCAUGGCGACCUCAGGACAAAAUUAGAUUUGUGGCCCAGGCUCCCGGAUGAUCCUAGUCUAUCGUUGAAGAAGUCGUUGCAUGGACACGCGGAAGCCCCGAGCCCAAAUUGGCCAGACAUCCCAUUAAAAUCGUCCCAGCAGCCUGCAUCUUCGCCCUUCCUGCUCUAUAUUGGAAAGACAGGUAUGGAGGUAAAGCGGGAUCUCGUGCAAAAGGGUGAAAAGGCAAGUGCGACAGAUAUCGCUGCCGAGUGCAAGAAAAGGUGGCAGUCUAUGUCUGACGAAGAGAAGAAUAAAUGGAACAUCCUUUACACCGACAUCAUUGCUAAGUACCGCGACGAGCUGACCUCAUCGAGUGCGUAUAAAACGGUCGUUGAUCAGCACGCCAAAAACGAAGAAAACGUGCAAGCCCUCGCUCGCAGCAUCAAUCAACUUCAGAUUGAGGUUGAUCGGAUGCGGAAAUCUGUCAUUGCCUCAUCUAAAGCAGCGUCCGAGGCGGAAAAUCGGUCACAGCUAGCCAUCGACGAUGAUGGUGAAGCGCUGCCGCCGUCUCCACUAAAAGAAAUCCAUCCCUACAUUCCAAUAUCCGCCGAAAUGCCCGAUGCUCCGCCCGCUGGCGAAGCUGAUUUCCGCAUGACCUAUCCCGCAUCGUACGGUGCAGAAAUACUCCAACAAGGAAAGGACGAUCUCAUGAAACGCCUCGAAACAUACUCAGAACGACCAUCCGUGGCCCAGGCCAGUAACUUGGCGUCUCCAUCGUCUCCUCCAGUAUUUCCAUCUUCGCCUCCUACGACUCAUCCACCUGCAGAGGGCGUUGAUGAUGUCAGUGAAGACGAGGAUAGUGAAGACGACUAUGAUGCAGUCCCUGGCGACGACGGCCGUGGUCUGCUGACAGAUGUCCCCUUGAUCCUUGGCCCUACCGAGAUUGAGGUUUUGCCAAUGAUAAUCAUGUCCGGCAUCGUAACCCCUGGAGAAGGCACGGUCGGAUAUGGCUCUACGCCGGAUGAGAUCAUUGCUAUCAGGAACAUGCAUACUGUGCGGUGUCAUUUGCUCCUCGCCCAAGAUAACGGGCGAAAUCUGCUUCGGGAACUUUUAAUCUUUGUCGCCGCCUGGGAUCUGCGAGAGGAAGAACUCUACUUCAAGUUCAUGGUGAAGAUAAUGGAAGCCAUACUUACGAACGGACUGAUGCCGUUCAGCUACCACGCUUUCAGAGAGAGCAAGGACAUAAUUUCUCCCGCCCAAGCUGUCAUCAUGAAGCUACUCACGAAUAUUUUCCGAGCACGGCAGUCUGUCCAAAUGACACGAAGCAUCUACAAAGAAACAGACAUAGACGUGGAGAAAGAGGGUCCAGAUACCUAUCCCAUGCGCGUAGAUGUGCACAUGGUCAACUUCCUGUUAACCGAGUUCCGCCGUCAUAUUAUCCCUCAAACCUGCGCCUUGAUCUUUUUACAGGGUCAAAUACGGGCGGGUUUUGCGCACCCAGAGGAUUUCCCACUCAACCUUUGGGACAUGGAGAGGAUGUAUGAGGGCGUCUACCAAUACCUGGAGUUUUUCGCGAUAUUGACGGAGCACGAAGUAUGGAAGAAGAUGAUGGCCGAGUGGGAAAUCACGAGCGAACUAGUCACUCUGCUGAAAGAACUCGAUGCUGCUAUUCCGAAGGGCCAACUCUCCGUUGCGCCUCUAGCUUCAACGGCUAGGACCAAUCCUAGACCAAGUUCUGACCCUGGCCAUAUUCCACCCGCCUCCGAUGCUGUUCCAGUUGCAGUGGAGCGACCAUACGACAUCGCUGGUGCAUCAGGCUCAACAAAUCCUGUGGCACCUGAUACAUAUGCUCCCGAGCCGCGACCAUACAUUGAUGAAGCGCAGGAUGAGCCAUCGGACUUUGAGUGGCGCAAUCUCAAGAAGCUAGCAGUGCUUGUUCUCUCAUCGCUCGUUUGGAAAUCCCGUAAGGUGCAGGAUCAAGUACGACCCCUUGGAGGUAUAGAGGCCAUUCUCAACUGUUGUACGUUUGAUGAGCACAAUCCUUAUAUCAGGGAGCACGCAAUCAUGUGCCUGCGUUUUUUGUUGGAGGGCAAUCGAGAAAACCAAGAGCUCAUCCGCGAAUUAGAAGCCAAGGGGGUGGUCCCCAAUGAAGUCCUUGACCAGCACGGUUACGAGACUUACAUGGACUCUAAGGGCCAGGUCUUGCUUCGAAGGAAGGAGGCUUUGAAGCCAGGAUCGGGUUCGGGGUCAAGUUCAGGACCCGCAGCGACGAAGCAACAGGCGAUUAAACCAAAAGAUCCGAAGGAUUUGGAGAUCCUUGUGCAACAAGUCAUGAGAGACCUACCGACAAGAGUGCAGGGCGCGAAAUUUGACGCCGAAAAAGCUGCUGCUCUUGCGAAACUCGACAAAACCUUUGAUGGACGAGGUGGUCGAAGUAGCUGAACACAAAGACGGGGACGGCUUUUGCUGUCCGCUACUAGAAUUUGUCUGAACGACGGCACGGUCGACAAUCGCCGCGCCAAAAUGCGCCGUCAAAGUCGUAUUAAGUAUGAGGCAUCAGGCCCCAUGGUACACCGACUGAUGCCAAAUCAAGAGACGUAAGAAGUCAAUGCAGAAUUACAUGCAUUAGCACUAUCCCACCCGACUAUCGCGCGAGACAACCUUUCCACCACUAGAAGGCCUAUCUUAAGUCCUAAUAAGCCCGAACAUGUCUCCCUCCGACGUGUUAUAUCAGCGGCAAGCUGCAUAUAUCGGCACAACUCCUCGACUACUUCGAAAAGCUGGAAAAUCAGACUUCGAGAGGCGAGAUGCAAGAAGGAUCAGAACACUUUGGUGGAGAUCUUGGAGAUAGUUCACGAAAUAUAAAAUAUAUCAGAAAGUAUUCGUGGCU